UGCCAUCCCAGUACUAAGCCAGUCUCUCUGCUCGUUCUGCCGACUUAGUUUCCUACCAAAGGAGUGAUUGCCUUUCUCUCUUGUGACCAGUGCCAUUUUAUAACUUCCUUGUAAUCCAAUGAAUUGCUGAGUUCCCUUUUAUACAGGCAAAACAAUAACAACAACUAAAAAAACCCGAAUACUUAUUGCUGUUACCCUGUGUCUGCCUGGAAUUUGGCCCUGCCCUGUGGGAAUUCAGGUUCCUCAUGUUUGCGCUCAGAACUUGGUGCCCUGGGUCUCCUGCCUUGUUCUUGCUUUGUUAGACGUGGCUUUUGAAACUUGGACACCUGUAUAUAAGCUGCCUUUUUCUACUCAUUUACUGCGUCAUCCUUUCCCAAAACCCGAUAUAGACUGAUCUCCCAGGUUAGGGCUACUUCUGAACCCAUGUUUUUGCUACCUGCAUGCACUCUCAAUGGAAAGCUCUGAUGCCCACAGUGGUCUAGGUCCCAGGUUGUGCGUGAUGGCUCCGCCAUCCACUGACCACAUUCUGGUCCUGACAAUCAUUGCACUGAAUCUAAUUUUGACGACAGUGUGCAUAUGAGCUUGACAUUGAAAUAUUUGAAAAGCCAGGAAUAUUAAAAGCAACUGCUCAUUAUACACAUAUAACUUGAUUAUAGACAAUGCCUAUGUUUGAUUUUCAACAAAAGGUUUUUAGUGACUCUUCAGCAAUGUUAGAAGUCAUGUUGAAUUUCUUGCAUUCUAAUGAAACGGCCGUAAUUCAAUUAUUAUGUAACAUUAGUAUUUUCUUUCAAGUAUUCUUAUUUCACUCUUGUCUCUAAAUUUCAGCUGCUUAAAAUGACUUCAACUCUUAUUAGGGUAAUUUUGGUUGUUUCUCUGAUUUCCAGACUUGGCACAGCUGUAGGUACAGGACUGAUGCCAUCUGGUGUAAUUUCACAACAUCAGAGGAAUUCAGCCAGAGUGGGCCAUGCGCUGGCUUUUCUGGGAAAGAUGUGCUGCCAAGAUUUGUUUUGGAUUCACUUGCAGGGGUGAGAACUUGGAAUUAGUACAGCUGUAAAGGCGCACAGCUUCGGGGCAGAUCAGCACUCUAGCACCUUCACAGGUGGCCGCCCGCCCAGCACCGCUGCUCUGCUCGCAGAGAGCGAGCGCAGAGUGAAGACGGGCUAG